UGUUUCACUUGGAAUACUUGUCAUUUAUGUUAUACACUUUUAUACAACAUACACAAACUGUAUUUGAUAUCCUGGUGAUGUGCAUGCGUUCGCAGCUCUGUCUCAAAUCUCUGGCUGCUAUUUGUCUGACCAUCCUUUUGCAAUUUUGCUGCAUAGAACUCGCUUCGACUUUUGACAAUGGAAUAAUAAAUAGUCGAAAGAGGACUGUGCUGUUGAUAUCAAACCUGAUUACGUCAAUUUUUAUGAUCGCAGUCGCAUGUUUGGGAUUUUGUGUGGUGUUUAGUAAUUUAAUAUAUCUGCUGCUGGUGCUGGCAAUUGGCAUUGGUUUAUUCAUCUUUACCAAAUGCAUUAUUUGGAUACUUUAUGUGACUGUUGGAAACUCUAAGGAAACGUACCCGAACUUGCACAUUUGGUUUGCAUUACCGAUCUUCUGGGCCGCGUUGAGUCUGAGUAUAAUCGUAAGGUUGUUCAUAGUACGAAAGCGUAGCUAAGAGUUUUGUGUCACAUUCAACAUAGAUAUUUAUUUAAGUCCACACCAAUGUGCUUUCUGGGAAUAGCUUUACUCAAGAUCCAUACAAUCUUUAUAUCUAUCAUUAUUCUGGUAUGCAAUACUAUGGAUCUCGUCAAGGCCAUUGGAAACUUGGGCAGUUACCAAGGUUAUGCAAAGAGCGCUUUUAUCAUAUCCAUGGUGCUGAACACUUUCCUAACUUUCGCAAUUAGUUUCGGCACCUAUGGAGUUAUUCGCCAUAAGAAAUUGCCCCUGAGGCUGUUUCUGUUCACAUUGCUGGCCUUCUUCAUCUGCAAGCUGAUGCUUGCGGAAAUAGUCGGUGGCAUCAAUGGGAAAAUUUACGAACUCCUUGCAAGUCCCUGGUACCAUCUGAACACGGCUCUUUCGCUGCUUUGUUUAAUUUUUUUGUCGGCACUUUAUUUGCGAUUAGUGGAUGAAGUAGAUUUGAGGUCGCAAGCUAUCUGCCUGUCAGAUUUGGAGUCAACCAAUGGCUGCAGACAUUUGGCAAGCUUUACCGUAUAAGGAUAAAGUUACCUGAAGCUUUAAUGUGCUUUCAAAAGCUCUCAAGUGCUUUCAAAACUGUUGCCUGACACACAGUAGUCCGUUUAAAUUUGUUGUUUAACGUCAGAAAUGUUGAAAUUUUAAUUAAUAUUGGUAAUCGAAGUGUUUGAAAAAUCGUAGAAAUGUGUAUGUGCCAAUUCAAGGUAGUCAAGACUAUAACCAUAAGCCUAACCGUAGGCCUUGCAAUAUGUAAUAAUCUCGACCUGACAACGGCCCUAUUAACCUUAUGCGAAGCCAAAGAAAAUCUCAAGUUUGUGCUGUACUCAUCGAUUGUGCUUAACAGUUUAGUGAAUUUUGCUAUUGCCAUCGGCAUCAAUGGAUCUCUUCACAAUAAUGCAUUAAAGGUAAAGCAGUUUCUAGCUGCAAUCUUGAUCUUCUUCUUCGCCAAAAUUGUGCUGUCGAAAUUAAUUGAUGACUUUAAUAAAACAGAUAUCGACCUGAUUGUUCAGAUAUGGUAUCAGCUUACUGUGGUGACCUCCGGCUUGUGUUUUGUAUUCGCAAUGCCGCUUUGCCUAAAGCUGUUGGAGAAAGAGAAUCCACCCGAAAUUGCAGUGUAAAGUGUAAUAAGUACUUUUGAAAACUGUUUCCAAAUUGAUUAAUUUGUGUGCAUUUUAUUGUAUUAAAACGUUCGUGAAUACCAAGGUAA